UACUUUACAACCAAUAAUAACUCUAGUAACUCUACUGGAAACAAUAUCUAAAAAUGAUAUUUAAGAAUCUAAUUUUUAUUGUGGCUUUAACUCCCAUAUUUGGACAAACAAUUCUAGAUGAAUUACCCAUAAGAAUACAACAAGUUCCCUGGCAAGUUUCGGUUCAAAUCAAUGGCAGACAUAAUUGCGGUGGAGCUCUACUAAGCUCGGAUAUAGUUUUGACUGCCGCCCAGUGUGUCAAAGGUCACAGAAUCGAACAGAUAUCAGUACGAGCGGGUACUAUACUCCGCAACUUUGGAGGUCAAGUGAUCAGGGUGAGAAAGGUGAGAAUGCAAGUCUUGGGAAUGCGAUCCAGUGAUGUGGCCAUAAUUCUGCUGAGUUCUUCCUUUAAAACUGGCUAUAACAUAAGAGACAUCCCAUUGGCCAGUUCUCCACCCAAAGCUGGAACCAGAGCGACGGUAUCGGGAUGGGGGCAACUAGGUGCUAUAGUUCCUCCAUCGGAGAUACUGCUCAGGGUGAACCUUAACAUCGUUGAUCAGCUGAAGUGCUCGACUGAAAAUGUAGCGAAACAAAGGAUAGUCCUCGCUGACGAAAUCUGUGCCGCACCCCGAGGCAUUAUACCGCUGGCGUGUCAGGGAUUCUCGGGCGGUCCUUUGGUUUCCGCCGGUAAACUGGUUGGCAUCGUUUCCUGGAACAAUCAGUGUGGUUUCCUCAAUAUUCCCAGUACUUAUGCAAAUAUUCCCUUGCUUAAGUUAUGGAUUGAAACCACCUCUAAUCUAAUGAGAAUUUUGUAGAAUUAACAAAAACUCUACCUUUUCUUUUUUGCUUCAAUUUUAAAGUAAAUAUUUACAAUUUACAAAUUGUAUUCGUUUAACCAGUGCUUGUUUCUCAAAAUUGAAAUUUAAUUCAUUUUAUUCUAUGACCUGGGGACCAUGGCUCAGAUGAAUAUUAUUAAUACGGCCCAUAAGCCCAAUAAAUGCUCAUGAUUUCUCUCUCGA